UCCUGACAGGACCACCCACAGACAAGAUUGUGACAUUCCAAAGUGCGGUUUUGAAGUUGCAAAAUUUUGAUCUCUCCCUUAGGCGUUUCAUGUUGAGGUAUAAUGGCUCGUUAUGAACAGGUACAGGGAACUGUUGCAUUGAUUACACUGACGAAUCCACCCGUAAAUGCCCUUAGUGCUGCAGUGCGCCUUGGCAUUACAGAGACAGUGACUAGAGCCCUCCGUGACCCUGAGGUGAAGUCAAUGGUGAUUUGCGGAGAAAAUGGAGUUUUCUGUGGCGGUGCAGACAUCCGUGAAUUUGCCAAACCUAUGAGUGGCCCUCCUUUGGUGCCAAUGAUCGCUGCCAUUGAGGAAGGGGAGAAGCCAGUGGUUGCAGCCAUUGAGGGAGCAGCGUUUGGUGGAGGUCUGGAGCUGGCCCUUGGCUGCCACUACCGUAUUGCUCAUUCUAAGGCACGUGUCGGACUUCCUGAGGUGACCCUGGGUCUUCUUCCUGCUGCUGGAGGCACGCAGCGUCUGCCCAGACUCAUUGGAUUAGCUCCAGCCUUGGAUCUCAUCACUACAGGGCGACAUGUGACAGCUCAAGAGGCGCUGAAGCUUGGUAUUGUAGACCAAGUGACUGACCAAAGCGCUCUAGACUUGGCUAUACAGUUUGCCCAACAGGUUGUAGGCCAACCCCUGCUCCCCCGUAAGCUGAGUACACGGCAGACUCCGUGCCCUCCAGAUGUUGACGGCCUCCUGGAGGAGACCAUGGCUCAAGUGAAGCAGCGCGCGCGGGGCGCCAUGGCACCUAUAGCCUGUGUCCAGGCUGUCAGGGCUGCUGCCACCCUGCCCUACCAGGCCGGCAUGCAGAAGGAGCAGGAGCUGAUGGCCACCCUGUUCCACUCUAGCCAGGCCCGUGCCAUGCAAUACUGCUUCUUUGCCCAGAGGGCUGUUGGGAGAUGGAGUCUUUCCAGUGGGGCUCACAGUGGCAACAGCAAACCCAGACCUGUGAGCAAGGUAGCUGUUAUAGGCCUUGGCACCAUGGGAAGGGGCAUCACUGUGGCUCUUGUGAAGGCUGGGAUGUCUGUUCUAGCAGUGGAGACAAACAAGAAGCAAUUGGAAAUUGGGAAACAAAUGGUGUCAGCAAUGCUCAAACAUGACGCUCAGAAAAGGAACGCAACUCCUCGUCUUGACCUUCUCCACUUCACCAUAGACUUGCUUGAGCUCAAGAACACAGACCUGAUCAUUGAGGCUGUGUUUGAGGAUAUGGCUCUCAAGAAACAAGUUUUCAAGGAGCUUUCGUCCGUGUGCAAAGCCGAUGCUUUCCUUUGCACCAAUACGUCUGGUUUAGACGUGGAUGAGCUGGCCGCCGUAACCAAGAGACCAGAGCUGGUGGUGGGCAUGCACUUCUUUGCCCCAGCGCAUGUGAUGAAGCUCCUCGAGGUCGUCCAUGGAAGCCGAUCCUCCCCUGAAGCUGUGGCAACAGCAAUGCACCUGGGCAAGAGACUCGGGAAGGUCAGUGUGCUGGUGGGCAACUGUGCAGGUUUUGUGGGGAACCGCAUGCUGAAGCCAUACCUGGAGCAGGCCAACUUCCUGCUGGAGGAAGGGGCCACUCCUGAGCUGGUGGAUGGGGCCCUGGAGGAGUUUGGCUUUCCCAUGGGGGUUUUCAAAAUGUCCGAUCUGUCUGGGUUGGAUGUUGGUUGGAGAAUUCGGAAGGAGGCUGGGCUGACUGGGCCAAACGUUGACCCAAGAGAUCCCCCGCGGAGGCGGCAAGGUCGCCGGUACAGCCCUUUGCCUGACCUGGUGUGCGAGCAGGGCCGCCUGGGGCAGAAGAACGGCCGUGGGUGGUACCUCUACGACAAGCCUGGGGGCCGAGUUGCAACACCAGAUCCAAGCAUCCACAAGUUCCUGGAAGAGUACCGGAUCAAGCAUGGCAUCAGUCCUCGUCAAAUUGACAGGCAGGAGGUGGUGGAGCGAUGCCUUUUUGCCCUCAUCAAUGAAGGCUUCCGCAGCCUGGAUGACGGCAUCGCUGCUGGACCUGAAGACAUCGACAUGAUCUACGUGUUUGGGUAUGGUUGGCCGCGGCACAGGGGCGGGCCCAUGUUCUACGCUGGGAUGGUGGGAUUGCCCAGGGUGCUGACGAGGCUGGAGCACUACCGGCAGGCCCACCCAGAGGUGCCUCACCUGGAGCCCAGUCCUUUGCUGCGGAGGCUGGUGGCCAGUGGCAGCCCCCCCAUCAACAAAUGGAGGGAUUUCCUCCAGCGACCCCACAGUCAACUUUGAGGAUCAACCAAAUCCUUAAUAAUAAUAAUAAUAAUAAUAAUAAUAAUAAUUAUAAUAAGGGUUGUAACGGUACACUAAAUUUACACCAAAUCAAAAUAUUUUUUACAUUUAUUUAGAAAAUUGUGAACAGUGGCUCAUUGGCCAUAAUUCUUAUACUGUAAAAGUUAAGGCACUCAAAUACUGGCAUAUUGUCAAUAAGAAAAAUAAAUAACAAGUACUAUAACAAUAACAUCCAGGGAUGUUAUUGGGCUUAAUCCCCAAGGCUGACCGGGCCCUGGUUGACCGAGGAAGUCUGCCUUUAUUUGUUUAGGGUAAAUUCGCCCAUAUCUCCAUACUCGUACUUGGUGUGGGGAAAAGUGGUACAAAUAAAAAGGUUGAUUUCUAUGAUGUCAGAUUGCAGUCAAACUGUAUAUGUCAGAAUGAGAGUUCUCUUAGACUAGAAACUAUCAUACCCAUCAACUAGCACACAUGCACCGUUACACCCCUAAUAAUAAUAAUAACAAUUAUAAUAAUGAUGAUUUUUUUAUUGCUUAAAAAAUAAUUCUGAGUGUGCUUCAUACACAGAAAUAAAACACUUUCCGUCCCAUAGCCUACUGUUUUGAUUUGUUGAUGUGUUUUUAUUUAUCUAAUUAUCACAGAAAACCCUCAUCUCUAGCGUUUCCCAUUAGAUACAGACAUAGUCCACUUUUAAUUGUCUCAUUUUAACAUUAAAAUAAGUUCAUAUAAUUUAUGGCAGUUCUUCAUCUGUCUGAUCCAGAUUAGUCGAGUAGGACAGGGCUAAAAAUAUUGUACAUUUGAAGUGUCUUUUUAUACAAGUAAGACGUAUUAACAGAAGCACAUAUGAGAACUGUUCUCAGUGACAAAAGAUGCAUGGAAACAGUAUUGGGAAGUAACCUAUGUUGUAAACCAAAUCCAAACCCUUCCUUCCGGGGGUGUCGCGAGGCCUAUUUUGAGGAACCCCCACAUCAAUAGUGCUUCUCUUGAUUAAAGCUAUCAGUAUAUCUUAUCAUUGUCGCUCAAGAAACAAUCCACGAUUGCACUAUUGCGUAAUACUACUCUGAGUUAUAAUAAUAAUAAAUCUUGGAUUCUGAAGCCUGUAGCAAUGAUGCAUGUCAUGUGUUCUACAAACUCUGUUGCAUUAACACAGAUUUUAGCUCAACGGGGAAAGGGGUUUUGGAGCGCCCCAAACACGCUCACACAUUUCCUCCCCUUUCCUGUCCUUUGUGGGACAUUAAUUUAGUAUGUAUGUAAAAACUCGCCAUUGUGCCUACAUCAAGGACGAAAAAUGUCUUUCACAAUCUGUGUGAUCACAUGCUGUGUAAGAGUUUUUAAACAAAGUACCAGUGCACGUUGUCAUUUAUUUCUUUAAUAAUUUAUUUCGUUCAAUAAUCUAUCAUUCUGUAAUUAAAUAAUUUAACACAUU